AUUCAACUUUUUUAUGACAUCAUUUCUCAACCGAAUCUCAUUGACAUCUUUUGACAUCUCAUAGAAAGGAUGGGAGGAUUCUGGAAACGAAGUUCCUUAUCCUCGCCCCCGCUCUCACCAACUGUCAACAACUCUGCGUCUGCUUCCGAGGGCGCUGACGACAAUGCGGUUUCUGUACAACCAGCUCCUGUCCCUGUUGCUGCUCUCACUGUACCCCUUCCAACACAAUGGUCCCACAGCGUUCCUGGACCCCAAGCAGGAGCAAGGGCAGGAGCAAUAGUAGAUGGCCCCAAGGCUAAUGUGCCGAUACCUUCUCCAGCUCCCUUGUCAUCACAAACAGGACCAACAGAAACCUCACCAUCACCUAGACAAGAAUUCCAUCCCCUUCCACCUUUGCCUUUUGUGCUUUCACCAGAUCAAAACCCAGAUCUGAAGACUUUUUCAACAUUCAAACCCGAUCCGUCAAGUAUCCUAUUGUCCUAUCCUCGGACAAACAUUGACCGUAUCCAGGACUUUUACGAGAUCUAUAACCCCCCAGAAAAGGGACUUUGGAAUCUUGCAAGCAUGAUGGUAAUGUGUGGUGUAGGCGCUAUAAGCAAGACGUACAUGACAUUUGGCUCCUAUACUUCCAUUUACAACCUCAACCCGUUCCUGAAGACUCUUUAUGAUCCUCAUCGGACACGGCCAAUUUUAACCGUCACGAAUCAUGCUUCAACCGCUGACGAUCCGCUUCUCUGGGGUGCAUUGCCAUGGAAAUGUUAUUUCAAUCCUACAAAAACUAUUCGUUUUGCAUUGGGUGCUCAAGAGCUGUGUUAUCCCAACAAGCCAGUGGGAACAUUCUUCAGACUUGGACAGACUGUGCCUAUUAUUCGUGGAGUUGGGAUUUAUCAACCAGCAAUAGACAAGUCUAUCAACUUACUUAGAAAUGGUCGAUGGGUUCAUAUUUUCCCCGAAGGCAAGAUUAAUCAGACGGAUCAAUCGAUUCGUCUCAAAUGGGGCGUAGGUCGGAUUCUAAUGGAAUAUGGUGGACCUACAUUAGAAGAAGGAGGCAAGCCCAUGGAUCAAGUAGAGAUGCCUAUUGUUAUUCCAAUCUAUCACUUAGGGAUGGAAGACAUUUUGAGAUUAUAUCCAGACAAUUCUUCACCAGUGUUCCCUAAAUUGGGUGCACCCCUGACGAUUGUAUUUGGAAAGCCCAUUGAUUUCAGAUCAUUGAUGCAGGAAUAUAAAGAAGGCAAGGUUCAAGAGGUAGAAGCUCGUAUUAAAAUCACGGAGCGGGUGUUUGAAGCGUUAGAUGAACUAAAGAAGGUGGCGAUACAGUUACAUCAGGAACAGAUCAAACGAGUAGAGCAGGAUAGGAUCGAAAAGGGUCGUUGGUGGUGGGUAAAACCGUAUGGCUGGGGAUGGUGGAACUCAAAGGACAUAGAAUAUAAUCCCAAGAAUAGAGAUACCUCAGUCAAGUAUGAGGAACUGUAAACUACCUAAUUCAACACUCUGUAUUCGAAUAGCAAGAUUAUCUUAUUAUAGCUACAUAAUUUAUUACAAAAUGUCAGUGUACAUGCACAUCAC